GUCACGGGAGGCUGAUGCGCGCAUUCAUUGUGGCUUGGACGAGUUGAGCCCCAGACGACGAGCGGAGAUUCUCCAUGACCGUGAUCAGAUUGUUCACCCCGCGGAUCAUGUUGCGAGUGCACGCGGAGAAACAAGCGCGAGAUCGCGUCUUCAGUACCCUGGUCAUGGGCCCCGGCAAUGCAGUCGCAGUCGACUAGGUGCUGGAGAGCAGGAUGCCCAACUACAUCUACAGGAGGAACGGAGAUGCAGAAUGGCCGCUCUGCAUCCAGACGACGACCCGCGUUUUGAGCAAAGCGGUGCGGGACGGCACGGCAUCAGUAGGAUUCCAUCACCGAUGCAACUUGCCGAAGUUAAGGAAGACGCACAAAUGCGUUAUCGCAGAGAGAUCCAAAUCUCACGAGAACGAGAAGGGAUGCAGCGACUUCAGGAGGAACGGGAAGAAAUGCAUCGAUCGCACGAGGUGGAUGAGCAUGAGCGUAAUGUAAGGGAGCUUGAACGGCUCGAACUAGAAACACAACGCGUGAUGGAGCGCCUUCGCGCAGGCCGCCUUGCAGCCGCACACGGCGAAGUUUAUGGAAAUUUCUCUUUGUAGCUUCUCAGCAAAAUUAUUAUAUUUAUAAAUAUGUACCAGGGGCAGGGAGGGAGGCCCCCCCCCCUGUGGCUAGAUCUGUGGUGGACCACGCCAGAGGGGUCCAGCCUGGCCACCUUUGCCCGGUCUGUAGGGUUGGCCACAUGCAGCACGCCAAGGGGGUGGGUCCCGCCUUGCCUCCUCUGUCAGCUCUGUCGGGUACCGCAACACGCCAGAGGGCGCCAGCCUGGCCAUCUUUGCCAGGUCUGUAGGGUGCAUGCAAGAAGCGGGAAGGGGUCAGAAGUGCCCACCUCUGACCCCUUUCUGCCUGGCAGCCCCUCGAAAAGAGGGGCCGGGGCUGGCAGGCCCCCCACCCCCCCUCAAAAAGUUAGAUCGGGGGGGGGCCUCCAGCCCUGAGCCCUGGAACAUAUCUACAUAGAGCUAAAUCAUCUUCAACUAAGUACCAUGAAUAUCAUGGUUUUCAGAAGUCCCACAAGAAGGAAGAAAUUAUACGAGCGAAGUGGCAAGAACCUAUAUGUAUAUAUAUUAUAUUUAUAAGAUAUUCACUGGAUUUCGUGGUAACUUCUAGCAAUAGUAAUUGAGUAUUGUUCCUGGAUGUGCUGGCAUCACUCAAUCGCAAUUUUGAUUCAUCCUGUGAUGAUGUAUCAUGUUUUUUUGGUUGUUAUUUUCUCUAAUCACGGGUGCGCGAUGAAGACCCGGCUGUCGACCGCAACAUGGACUCCAGGUCAAUGCGAGAGAGCGAGCAACUACCGAGAAGCGAGCAGUACGAAGAAGGGAGUGUCACAGGCUCUGUCCGUACGAGACGGGGCGCUGCGAUGAUCGAAAACGGGGAGUUCCAUCGUGGUCAAGAUAGCAGGACUGUCAUCGUUGACAAUGCGUCGCGUCAUUUAUCGCCUUUGCAACGGCGAGGGCAGGAGACCUUGAUUCAACAUCUUGGUGAGGUUAAUCAUCGAUUCGUCGAACGCCAACAGCGAUACCAGCAGCAGCGAUCGCAUCAUAGCUCUUUCAGUGAUGUGGAGCCCGAUCACGAAUUGUCGCAAUCGCCCCGCCGGAGGCAUCUCAAGAUGGAUGAUGAUGCAUUGCGCGAGGCUUUCCUGUCAGGUAGAAUCACGAGAGAGGAGGCCAUCGCGGAGUUGCGAAGACGGGAACUGCAGCGAGAACGAGAUGAGAUAUUGAUGAGAGAGGAGCGGGCUCGUCCUAUGGGGCGCCAAGACGGUCGCGGGCGAGAGUAUGCCUCUCGAUCUCACCCAUUUGAGAAUGAUCGUCAACAUGCUUUCGAACAUGAAGGCCAAAGGGUCCAGCAACUUCGAACUGAACAACAUAAUGUUAAUCGGCGUGAGCAGCUUCAGCUUCGAGAAGGCGAUCUAUCUUCACGCAUGAGAGGCGCCGAUGGGAUGCCCGCUGAGAACGAAGCUCGCUUACGCCCACACCAUCAGCAGCCAGAUGAAGAACGAGUACGAGGGGAGCAUCAACAGGUGCUGCAGCAUCGGCGUGAAGAUGAAAGAGGUCAAGUCUGUUUGGUUCCGGAAGAACGAACGAUCAUGAGAGCUCAGCAGCAUCAAGAACUCCCGGACCACACGCAGCAUCGACACGCCGAACACCUGCAGGAUCGUCAGGCCGAGCACAUGCAGCAUCGACACGCCGAACACAUGCAGGAUCGACAGGCCGAGCACAUGCAGCAUCGACAGUCCGAGCUCACGCAUCAUCGACACGCCGAACACGUGCAGGAUCGACACGCCGAGCACAUGCAGCAUCGACACGCCGAACACAUGCAGGAUCGACAGGCCGAGCACAUGCAGCAUCGACAGUCCGAGCUCACGCAGCAUCGACACGCCGAACACGUGCAGGAUCGACAGCCCGAGCACAUGCAGCAUCGACACGCCGAACACAUGCAGGAUCGACAGGCCGAGCACAUGCAGCAUCGACAGUCCGAGCACACGCAGCAACAACAGGCCGAACACAUGCAGCAACGAGAGGCCGAACACAUGCAGCAUAGAGAACUUCCGGUACAUGCAGCAAGGCAGCACCACGGUCCCCGAGAGCACGCUUUUGAGGACCCCGGAGUCGAAGAUUUCCACCUAGAACGCAGGAGAGAACACCAGAUUGCCCAAGUAGAAGGCGGGAGAGAACACAUUAUCCACGUUGAAGAUCCACGCAGUAGAGAACAUCAUGCUAAAGAGAAAGUAGUUUUGGAGCAGGAACAGCAGCGUGAAAGCGAAAGGAGUCUCGAUGAGCUGCGUUAUAGACAGGAGCUUCAGGCAUUGAGGAAGAGAGAGAACGAAGCGAGAGCAGAACCGGAACGGAGAUAUGUUGGGAUAGGAGAGCCACAUAGACGCGCCGAAGGACGAACUGAGGCAGCAGGACGCCACCACAUGCGUGACCACAAUGUUGAUGAACCACAUAAUGCUAGCACGGAUAGCGAAGGGCGAAGGGCUCGCAUUUUGGAGGAAGUGGAAGAAAGUAGAAGGGUAGAUCCAGACUUUAUCAACGCACAUCAGGGGUCCGGGUCGCGGGGGGACACUUUUGGUUCUUGUUCGUCCGCGUCGCGUGGUCAUGGCGAUUUUACUUCGAAGACGCAACAGCAGGAGCUCAGACUCGAUGGCCGAUACGUCCACACGCGCGAAGCCGAAGUUACAGGAAGGGGAAGAAACUUAAGUGAACAGCAUGACGCUGCGGAGGCAAAGAGUGCUGUUGCCGUCGAGCACGGUGAACGACAUCAAGAUCAACAUUUUGUAGGAGGUCCUCGUAUUGAAGAAAGCUACAACCAUACAACACACACACAUUCUUCAUCACAGCAAAUAUCCUCACGUCCACGUGGAGAAGAUGGUGCUGCAGGUGGAGACGGUCGACGCCAAAAUGUGCAACAGUCGAAGGUUCCCGAGAAACGACAUAAGCAGGAUGACGAAACAAGCGUUGUUGAUGUUGGAGCGCCUCCUUUUAGUAAUGUAAACUCUACAAUUACAGCAGGGCGAACUAGUGGUCGUGGUGGUAGAGAUAUCUCAGUAUCUGGUCCUAGUGCAGCUGUUAUCGAUCGCGAGCAGUCAACGCAAGACAAGAAUCCUAGUCCGGUGGGCCAUGUUGGACCUCCCGUGUUGCCGCGUCGAAAACAUAAUCAAGUGGACCACCACAUCAAUGCGUCACAAAUUGUUUGUGAGGCAGGGCAAGCAGACAUUUCUUCGCUAACGUCACCCAGCACUAUCCCACCGCUUUGCAGUCAGAAAAAGGAUGAACAUAUUUUACGGCGACACUCUAAUUUUUCUAGUUUUUUCUUUUUUUACAAAAUUUAAUUUGAUUGUCAAUGUUAUGCUGAGGAAUGAAAGUUCCUGGCUUACUUUCUCAUAUUGUUUCAACGCGUACUAGCUAGUUCAAAGAAGGGGAUUUCUAGACGAGCUGAAAAGUUCGAUGGGAUCUCAGGUUGAUUAUGCCAAUAAAUCCUUAGUCCGGUGCGUGCGAUCACCUCUAAUCAGCGCCAUAUUCGACCCCGCGGAUCCACCCCGUGUAGACGCUUUACCCCUGGAGCAACAGCAUAUAAUUCUUGAGGCUUCAACCUCGGGAUCAUCGACGGCCGCGUGCACUGAUCCGCAGGUAGCUCGGGAAGUUAAUAUUAUCGGAAAUGAUCAUGGUGUUGGUGGUCGUGGUGGUGGAGACACAAGAAAAAACGCUUUGCGCGAUCUCUCGACAUUGAGGCAACGCUUCGGACAUUUUUUGAAACCUUGAUCUUCUUGAAAAUUCUUAAUGGUCAAAAAUAUCCAUGACCAUGCUCUUGGUCUUGGUUCUCUCUUUAAUCUACACCCCAACGUUUUACGCUAAUCCCCACCGACAUCGUCUUGACAUGUUGUCUGAAAUGAUCAUGAUCUUUUUCAUUUGUACUAGAAACUAGACUUUUGGGGCUUCGCUCGAGGUUUCUGCUAUCUUUCUAGACGUUAAAAAAGGCUUGAGGUAUGAAAAAUAGAAAAAACUACUCAGC